AUGGACGGCCCCCCGCCGCCCCCACCGCCGCACGGCGAAAAUCCGAAUACCACCCACGGCUUCAAGAAGUCGUCCGGCCUCCCAGAGGGGAACUAUGAUAUCUUCAUCAUCCCGCCGCACUCCUCGGGCUCCGGGUUCUUAUACCUGCCGUCUCUGCAGGGGAACCGCAACAGCUUCCUGGCCGGUGCCGCGUCCGCGCUCGUGGCCGUCUACGUCUGGCAGGCGCUGUCGCCGAUUAUAAAGACAUGGUAUCUUGCCACGGCCGCCAACGGCGGCGGAAUGGGCAUUGCGGUGCUGGCAAGCGUGGUCGGUAUUGCGGGAUGGGGAUUCGGCGCAUACCAAGCGCACGUGAAAGGUUCCAACCGAGACUCCGCCGGAGGCUCGCGACCCAACCAGUCCAGACCGGGUGGUCCUGGCUUUGGAGGGCCCGGAGGCGCCGGCGGAGCUCACCACCAGUCCUCGGGGGCUGGUCCGGAGUACCCGCGGGGCUCUAAUUUCGGCGGGCCCAACCCCGGGCCCCAGGGGGCCUAUGGCGGCGACUACGGCGGAGGUGGGCCGGGCCCGGGAGGUCCAUAUCCUGGAAAUCAGUAUGGCGCUGGCGCUCCGCCGCCGAAUGCUGGUCCUUCGCCGCGUGCUGGCGCUCCGCCGCCCAACACUGGGCCGCCACCGCAUGCGCGUCCUCCUCGACCGGAACCAGAGCCAGAGCCAGAACCUGCAAAGCCAGAACCGGCUUCUACAAAGAGCAAAGCCGACAAUAAGAGCAACGAAGAGUGGGAGCGAGCCCGGGAGGAAACGAGACGCAAGGAGGAACUGCGUCGGAAGAUGGACGAACUCAGACGAAAAAGGGAAGCGGAGGCGCGCGAGAAACAGCAACAGCGCGAGCGGGAGGCCAUGGAGCGGGAACUCAGGGAGCGUAGAGAGCAGCUGGAGAGGGAACUGGCCGCAGCCAAGGAGAAGGCCGAACGGGAGGCGCGGGAGCGAGCCGAGAGAGAGGCGGCAGAAGCCCGAGCUAAGAUCGAGCGCGAGCUGGCCGAAGCAAAAGCCAAGGCGGAGCGAGAAGCAGCUGAGGCCAAGGCCAAGGCGGAGAAAGAGGCCGCGGAAGCCCAGGCGAAGGCCAAAGCGGAGCGCGAAGCGGCGGAAGCGCGAGCACGAGCCGAAAGACUGGCUACUCUGGCAAAGGAGCGUGAAGCGCGACUGAAGGCCAAGGCUGAAAAGGAGGCUGCAGAAGCAAAGGCCAAGGCCGAGGCGGCGGAGAAGGAGGCUGCCGCGAAGGCCGCCGCGAAGAAAGAGGCCGACGCCAAAUUCGCGGCCCUCAAGGAAGCCGCCGCGAAGAAGUAUGCAGAGAAAAAGGCCCGAGACGCCCAGGAAGCCGCCGCCAAGGAGGCUGCGGCAAAGGAGGCCGCUGCCAAAGAGGCGGCCGCCGCGCAGGAGACAGCCUCCUCAACAGCCUCAACUUACAAGUCCGCGACCUCGACGCCUCCUCCCCGAGCGCCAUCACCGAAGAAGCCAGCCGGUCCGGCCAGUGCCCGAACAGCAACAGCAUCGACGACCACCGCGGACCAGGAGGAUGCAUAUUCCUUUCGGCCCUACGAUCGGCCGCGCCGGCCGUACGGCGGCACCUCAGGCUCCUCGGUCUAUUCCGAAUCCUCCUACGCGCCGUCCCAGUCGACGGCCCGGACCACCCCACCACCUUCGACUCGGGGCGCUUACUCCACCAAGGACCCUGACAAGAUUGUCAUCCAGGGCGUGUACGCCUUCAACAACGCUUUUAUGAAAAGCCCCGUGGCCCAGUUGGUGUCUGGGCAAGGGAUGGUGACGGACGGCCUGGUGCUCCGCAUCACCACCGAGGGGCUCUUCAUUGACGACGACGUGCGAGGCGUCCCCCAACGGGAGUGGGACGUCAAGGCAUGGACCAUGAAACUGGUCGAGGUGUGGUGCCCUCAGUUUGCCGCGACGGCGCAAGGCCGCCAGAAUCCCCCCAAGGCGGCCAAUGCAUUCUUUCGGCGGAACACGAACGAACCAACGCCGGAGGAGUCGGAUGCGUAUCUCGUGAACCUACUCAAGGUGUGCAAGAACAAGUGCCGGCUCGCGUCGCCCGACGCGGCAGAGCCGAAAGGGCUGCACGUUCUCCGGGCGAGCAUUCGCGACCAGGAAGGUCGGCGUUACGUCUUCGUGCUGCAAGAGACCGAGGGGUGGAAGGUCGCGAUGGGACUGCAGCGGCUGCGCAAGGGCACGCAGAUCAGAGCCCUGGGCGCGUUGAGCAUGGCCGGAACUGAAUGCCGGACACUGCUGAAGAACCUUGGUCAUAUUGUGUGA